ACAAAAAUUAAAAAACGUUAAUAAUUCCUAAAAAAAAUUAUUCCUACAAAAUAAAUCCAGUUGAAAAAAUGAGAGCCCCAAGAUAAUCAUCUGCAUUUAAAUUCCUCUACAAAUAAAUUAAAACAGUUUAACAGUUUUAUCGUAAACAAUUUUUCCUCUCGUACUUGCCGAGAUUUUUCUAUUUUUAAAAAUGAUAUCUAGGUGCCAGGAUUGAACCCACGUCACAGCAUAACCUGUGGAGUAUUGAUAUCGAGCCGCCUAUCACAUGAUCUGAAUUACCACAAUUAUCAUGAGAACCGCGAUGUAAUAUUCGUAUCCCAGUGCCUAACGCGGUGAUAAUUGUUUAAAUCUCAUCAAUACUCCAAUCAACCCCGAGGAUUUCCGUUAAUUAAAUUAUUCCCAACAUCUGUGGACCACAAUGGAGCAGCUGGAGACUAAAUCUGACGAUAAAAAGGGAAAUCCACCGUCGCAUAUGACAGAUUGUGGGAUCUAUGCGUAUUUAUCUGUCUGCAGUAUCUGCCUCGGGGAGUUGUUUCCUGGGGAAUGCAAUGCCGAGUUCAACGAGAAAUACGUCAGAUCGUUGUGCAGGUAUUUUCGAGUGAAGGAGACACAGGAAAAUGUUAUGAUGGUCCUGGUGAUGGGUGAUUCUGGUCAGGAUACCAAGCCCUACGUCUCGUUACUGAUGAACGAGCCAGGAAUCGAUGGCAGGGGCAUCCUGGUGAUCCAGCUGACUGUCUUCAUUGCUGUUCAGAGUGGAAUUGCAUCAGGAGAAUACGACGCCCGUCAGAGAGUUCUAGUCCGAAAACUCUCUGAUCUGUUUCUCGUGCCGUUCGACCUGGUGGAACUCUACGAGCACUCGCUGGUGUCGAUGCUCAACGAUGACGAGCCCACAGUAACAGAGGAAGAGCAGAGGGCGAGUGAUCGUCGAAGAAAAAUCAAGAAAAUCAAGCGAUACGCUUCAGUAGGAAUAGCAACUCUAGCUGGUGGGACUCUGAUAGGAUUGACAGGUGGACUGGCAGCUCCUCUGAUCGGUGUCGGAGUGGGAACCAUCCUGGGAGGGGCAACCACCGUCGCCUUGACGAGCACCGCUGGAGUAACAAUUAUUGGCUCAAUUUUUGGAGUUGCUGGAGCUGGACUGACAGGCUACAAGAUGAACAAACGAGUGGGUCACCUGGAGGAGUUCUCCUUCCAGCCCCUAAGUUGCGCCUCACAAACCGACAGUCAGUUGCACAUAGCAAUAGCCAUAACAGGAUGGCUGAAGUCUGAAGAUCCUGGAGCAAUCCUCCGUCCUUGGAGGUGCUUGGCCAUUUCCAGGGAGCAGUACGCCCUGAGAUACGAAACAAAGUACCUGGUGGAAUUGGGUCAGGCGCUGGAGUACAUUCUGAGCAUGGCAGUGUCAUUCGCCACCCAGGAGGCACUCAAGUACACAAUCCUGAGUGGUCUGAUGUCGGCGAUAGCCUGGCCUACUGCUCUUCUCUCUAUAUCAUCGGUCAUUGAUAAUCCCUGGUCUGUCUGCUGUCGUCGGAGCUCCGAGGUCGGCAAACACCUGGCACAUGUCCUCCUGAGUCGACAACAUGGGAAGAGACCUGUCACCCUCAUCGGCUACUCUCUCGGUGCACGAGUAAUUUUUUAUUGUCUUCGAGAGAUGUGCCAGACUGGGGGUAAAAAUGCCCUGGGAAUUGUCCAGGAUGCCAUUCUCCUUGGGGCACCUGUCACUGCUGAUGAGAGACAGUGGGGCAUGUGCUCGAGAAUAGUAGCUGGAAGGGUUGUCAAUGGAUAUGCCAGGAGUGAUUGGCUCCUCAGGUUUCUUUACAGGACUUUCUCAAUGACAACAGCUGUUGCCGGGCUCAUGCCUCUGAAUCACUCUGGAAUCGAAAAUAUUGACCUGGGGGCUGUUGUUGGGGGUCAUAUGGAGUACUCGGAGAAGCUCGAGGAUAUCCUCAGGCUUGUCGGGGUCAAGCUCAGACCUGGGGAGAUCCUUGAUGACUAUGGACUCCUCAGGAAUUCCACGUCGGAGUACGAUCAGAGGAAUCUCCAGCGAAAUCUCAGCACUGGAGACCUGAAGGAAUCAAAAUCCGACACUUGUCUUUCAAAGGCUCUUCCAGAUUUAUUGAAAAAAUAAAUUGAAUCUACAGAUCCGUCCCUAUCGCCUAGUCAAUUGGUGCAAUGAGGUGUCAAAUAUAUUAAUAUUAAAAUUGCUGUCGAAAGUACGUCAAAUCCGCUGGCGGUAUUUAUUUAAAUAAUUGUAUUAUCCAGACUAAUUGAGGACCACAGCCUUCGGUUAAUCUACUGCUGAAUAAUUCCAUGUUACUAAUAAUUUUUUAUUAAUUCAUGUACAAACGGUAAAUAUUAAACAAUUAUAUUUAUACAGUA